GAAAAGAAGAUGUAGAAUAAGGAAAAGGAGAAGGAAACAGAGAAGAGAAGGAAAAAAGGAAAAAAAGCCAAAAAAUGAAAGCCCAGCUGCUGGGGGCGGUGCCGGGUUGGCAGUGCCGGGGGCACCCGUGUCCCUGUGGGGCACGGACUGCAGCGAGAGGCUCCUUACCUCACGGGGGCCGGGGGGCUUUGGGCUUGCGGGAGGGGCCAGCACCCUCCUCCCGUGGGUUAAUCCCCUCAGGGGCUGGUAUAGAAACGCGGCUCUAGGCUGAAGCCUGACACUUUAUAUUAUGAAUAUAAAGCUGUAAAAUAGCUCCCUGGAUUUAAUUACCCUGUGAUUAACUGCUGUAAUCACCGGGAAAACGGCCUCCUCGGGGAGCACACGUGAGCUGAGCCCCCCCAGCACCGGGGAGAUGCUGCACCCACACCAGCACAGGGGCUUUGUUAUUUAGGAGGUAAAAGCCACCUUGCUUUAGGGGAGCGGCCGGGGCCGGCUGCUUUUGGGUGCUGAAGGGGGAUUUUGGGUGCUCUCCAUCAAGAGGGGGCUGCAAAAGGAGAUGUCAGCCACGAUACCAACAUCUUCCACCCCAGCCCUCUGCCAAAGCGGUGGCACGGCCCAACGCUGACCUGACCUUGAAGAUCUUUCCAGGGAUUGCUAAUUAGCGGAGCGCUAAUAAGGCUUAAUGACCUCAUCUGGGGUGUCCCAACACCCACGGGACCUGCUGAAGCUCAGCCCAGCCAGGGAGCCUGUUGCUGCUGACCCCAGCCAGGGCUGUGUGUGGAUUUAUAGAUAAAUUCACGGCGAUGUGCACCUAAACAAGCACCUGCGACCAUAAAGGACCAAAUAGCUGCAGAGGGCCCCUAUAUGCCCCCGCCCGUGGCUUUGGCAGGGGCGCAGGCAGCACCUUUGGGUGAGCAUGACCCCUUUCUCCCAUCCUGAAAACCACCCACAGGUGGGCAGCGGCCCGCGUGGAGCAAAGCAUCUCCUUUUCGGCACCUCCAUCUCGCGGCACAUCCUGCGCGGUCCGGGGCAGCGCUCAGCCCCUUCCUGCCGGCGGGGGAGGAAGAGCGAGGGCUGCGAAGGCUGCGAGGGCGCUUGGUGGAGGAGCUCGAGCCCAGCCGCCCCGGGGUUUUUUUUUCUGCAUGGAGGUGGCCCCAUGGCUUUUCUCCGGCGGCUUUUUGGCUUUUCGGAAAAGAAGAAGCCGCCGAGGCGGUGCGAGCACGUCAAGCGGGACGUGGACCCCGAGGAGGCCUGGCUGGUGCUGGGCGAGCUGGGCGACGGCGCCUUCGGCAAGGUCUUUAAGGCACAGAACAAGGUGACGGGGGCGUUGGCGGCCGCCAAGGUGAUCGACACCCCGGGUGAGGAGGAGCUGGAGGACUAUGUGGUGGAGAUCGAGAUCUUGGCUUGCUGUGACCACCCCAACAUCACCAAGCUGCUGGACGCGCUCUACUGGAACGGGCAGCUCUGGAUCCUGGUGGAGUUUUGUCCCGGAGGGGCGGUUGAUGCAGCGAUUUUGGAGCUGGAGAAAGGGUUGACGGAGGAGCAGAUCCGAGUGGCUUGCAAGCAGCUGCUGCUGGCGCUGCAGUACCUGCACGGCUGCAAGAUCAUCCACAGGGACGUGAAGGCUGGCAAUGUCCUGCUCACCCUCGAUGGGGACGUCAAGCUGGCUGAUUUUGGUGUCUCGGCUAAAAACUCCAGCACCGUCCAGCGCCGGGUGUCCUUCAUCGGCACCCCGUACUGGAUGGCCCCGGAGGUGGUGCAGUGCGAGACGUCCAAGGAGAGCCCCUACGGCUACAAGGCUGACAUCUGGUCACUGGGCAUCACGCUGAUCGAGAUGGCUGAGAUGGAGCCCCCCUACCACGAGCUGAACCCCUUCCGGGUGCUGCUGAAGAUCGCCAAGUCCCAGCCCCCCACCUUGCGUUACCCCAAGAGGUGGUCUGAAGACUUCAAGGACUUCUUGAGGAAAUCCUUGGAGAAGAGCCCCGAGGCGCGGUGGUCAGCCAGCCAGCUCCUGCAGCACCCCUUCGUGGCGGGCAUCUCCGACAAGCGACCGCUCCGGGAGCUGGUGGCCGAAGCCCGGGCUGACGUGCUGGAGGAAGAGGAUGAGGAGGAAGGUCCGGUCCCCUUGCCUGAGCAGGAGCAUGGAGAGUCCUCCUGCCCCCCGACCCCGGGGGGGUCCCUUGAGCAUCAGCCCCUGGACGCUGUGGGGAGAAUCAGUGAGGAGCCGGGCAUCCCAUCCGACGUGCCCAGGACCAAGAAGGCAUCUGACUUCUUGAAGCAAAUGAGGAGGAGGUCCUCACCCGAGCCCACAGGCUCCAUGAGGCUCCCUGUGAAGAGGCCGUCCGAGUUUCUGAAGCUGAUGCGGCGCAGGUCGUUUUUUGGAGGGAUGAAGUCCCAAGAAAUGGCUAAGGAGCAGCACGGGGCAGAGCUGAGUGGGCUGGAGAUUACGACACUGGAUGUUCCUCAAGGGACAUCUGUCCCAGCAGAGGCAGGAGGAGAUGUUCAAGGGUGUCAAGAGGGGGAGACCAGCCCUCUGGGGACCCCCUGCAAGGUGGCCGAGCUCCCCUUGGGGCCACAGCAGGCAGGAGACCUUGCUGGACUGCAAGAGCUGAAGACAGAGCAGGUUGGACCCAAAGCAGAGCCCCAGGAGGAAAGCCAACGUGCCGAGGCAUCACCGAUGGUCGAAACGCCCACGGAAGGACAGCUUGCAGCUCAGCUGAGCCCCGUUUCAACCCCCAAAAGUGAUACAAAAAAGGAGUCAAGCAGAGACCCUACUUGUAAGUCACUGGCCCUGCUUGCACCCACGGACGGGGACUGGCGCAGGGGCUCGGCCGUGGGGCAGCUGGUGGCAGCCCUGGACCUGUGGACCAUGGGGACCAAACCCCAGAACUUCAAGCCGCUGGCAGAGCAUCAGCACCGAGUUACUCGGUCGUUGCUAGCCCUGAAGGUUGAGGUUGGCUCCACUGGGGAUGGAGAUGGCCUUGGGAAGGAUGGUGAUGGAGCAGGGAGGGCACCCAUGGGACCUGAGGGUGCUGGAGAGCCUGAGGAGACUGAGCUGGUGGAUGAGAAGGUGCCACGAGGUGAAGAAUCGCUGAUACCCAGUGUGACAGAGGCGGUGGUGAGGUCAGAUGUGCUCCAGGGGUGGCAGGAGCCUCUGCCCGGGCUGGGAGAGGCCGGAGAAGAGAACAAAGGGGAGAGAAACUCAGCUGUGUGUGAACCCAUCACUGACCCCCUGGACCUGGUUGAGCGGGAGGUGGGGAGGAACGAGGAGAAAGCCAUGGACAACACUGAAACUGGGGUAGAAACUUCUCCCGAGGAAGCCCUGAUGCCAGCAGAAGUGAAAUGGGAAGAGGAUGUUGUAAAAGGGUGUUUGACUGGAGAUCGUAACCCAGCCGGAGAUGCGGCCAGGCUGGGGGAAGUGAUGCUGGCAGGAGAGGAAUUGGAAGCAGCAUGUGCAGGAGAGGGACCUGCAAGUGAGGAGGCCCAAAAUUCAGCAGAGGACUUGUCCCCUGUGGAGAUUCCGGGGCCUGCUGAAGAGGAAACAGAAGAGAAAGCAGAAAACAGCCCCAGAAACAACCAGCCAGGAGCUGCUCAUGGGAAUGGCUGGGAAGAACAAGAUGGAAAUGAUGGAGAACUUGGAGAAGAUGGGGUGCAGGUUGCUCCAGCAGGACCAUCAAGGGAUGGACCUGGAGAGGGGCAGGGAGCAUGGGAAGCAGGGAACACAUCAGAUCCAUCCGUCACACCAAGGCAAGGAGAGGAGCCGUCUCCUGUGGAAACCCCUGCAGAUGUCCAAGGUCCAAGUGUCCUCCCUGCAGCAGCGCAGCCUUUCCCCUCUGCCAGGGAAGCCCGGCAGGAACCUGCCUCGUUCCAAAGGACGGUCAAGAAAACCCGGCGUUUUGUGGUGGAUGGGGAGGAGGUGAGCGUGACGACGGCCAGGACUGUCGGCAAGGCUGGGGCAAGGGGCGAGCUGGCGCCAGGAGCUCCGCGAGCUGCGAGUGCUGCAGAAGGAAGAGCAGCGAGCUCAGAGCCAGCUGGAGCAGAAGUUCCACCAGCAGCGGGAGCAGAUGUUUCGUCACAUCGAGCAGGAGAUGACGCCCCGUUAACCACAUCUGCAUGGCAGAGCAAGAAGGAGUUUUACGACCGGGAAGUGGAGAGCUCGGAGCGGCGCUACCGGCAGCUGAAGGAGCGCCAGGAGCUGGAGUACACGGCGAAGCUGCGAGACGAGGCCAAGCGCCUCAAAGCCCUCCAGGAGAAGGAAGGCGGGAGGAGGAUGCAAGAGCUGAAGGGUGAUGGGAGAGAGGAGCAGCGUUUCCUGCAGCAGCAGCAGGAGAAACUCAACGCAGCCCUGCAGAGGGUCGUCCAGGAGCACAAGAAGAAGAUGACGUCCAUCGACUGGGAGUGCAUCAGCAAGAUCCGUAGCCUCAGGAGAGCCCGUGAGUCGGUGGUGUGGAACAUGGAGCAAGGGCACCUGCAGGAGAAGUACCAGCUCUUCAGGCAGCAGGUGAAGGAGCAGCACGCGCUGCAGCGGCAGCAGCUCCGCAGGCGCCAUGAGAAGGAGACGGAGAGGAUGAACCGCUUCCACCAGCUCUUGCUGGAGGAUCUGAGGAGCGAGCAGGCGCAGGAGCGGGCUCAGCUGCUGAAAAGCCAGCGCUGCGACGCCAAAAUCCGCCUGGCCCUCUUCAAGGACAACCUGAAGAUCCAGGAGGGUAAUGGGGCCAAGCAGAGGGAGAGGGCCAAGCAGUUUGUGCAGCAGGAGGAGAGGCGGCAGCGAGCGGAGGCGCAGCGGCAGCAGGAGCAGCAGGCGCAGCGGCUGCAGCGGCUGCAGCAGCAGCAGGCUGAGAGCCUGGCAGAGCUGGGGCAGAUGCAGAGCGAGAAGAUGCACCUCCUAGCAGAGCAGGAGAGGAGGCAGCUGGGGCGGCUGGACCAGGAGCACGCCAUGGAGCUCAGCGAGUGGAAGCAGCGGCUGGCUGCUCGCAAGGAGCGCUGCGUCUCUCCCCCUCCAGAUGCUGGAGGAGGAACUGGGGGACUCGCUGCCGGUGCAGCGGCGUGGAGAGCUGCACGGUGCCCAGAGCAGCAACAGAGUCACCCGCUUCUUCCACCUCCCCUCCUGAUGCUGAACCGGGGGUUACUGGGGAGCCAGAGGCAGGCAGGUGACUGGGGACCAGUCCCACGGCUCUGCUGGGGCUGAGGAUCUCAAAGGCAACGCGAGGGGCAGCCGGGCCCCGGGGCCGAGUGGCCGGGCAGGAUGUGUUAUGGAUCCUGGGGGUGGCGUUCAAGCCCACCCUCGCCGGGCUGGAAGGGUUGGGGUGAAGCAGGUGCCAACACCCCAAAUCGCCCCAGAAGCCCCUCAGGGGUCUGUGCAUACAGGGAGGUUGCUGGUUCUUCCCGUGUGUUCCCCUCACCUGAAUUGCAACUGAAGGAAAUACAGCCUUUCUUGAAGAAA